UGUGGUUGCAGUGUUCUUUGUUGUUCCUGUGCUCCUUUUGGUUCCCUAUUUUUUUCUGUUCUUUUGGAUUCAGUUUUCUGGACAUUUAAGUUUCAACAUGAAGCUGAAGCAUUGCAAUGACCUCUCUGCUGGAGUGAAGUGGCCUGGUGUUAAGAGGAACCUGCUUAAUGACUGCAACAGCUUAAAAGGACUCAACCCUCUGCCCUUUGAUCCAGCCGUAAACAACGACCCCCUCCACUUCAACGGCUCCAGCGGGCCUCUUUUGACCGAGUGUCCUCCUCUGGAGAACAGUCCAGAGAACAACAAGAAGAGGAAGAGAGCCAGCCUGCCUCCAGAAGGGAUCUGUAACUUGACGAUGGACUCCAACUCAAUGACUCUGCCCAUGUCAGACCCCAGCCCCUGGGCCACAGCCAUGAACAACCUGGGGAUGCCUCCAAUAGGACUGACUGGACAGCAACUCAUGCCAGACUUUGAUCCCAACCUGGGUUUGAUGCCUGGGCUCAGCCCUCUGAAUCCCAUGAUGCCCGGCCUUGGUAUGGUACCAGCUCCCCUCUCCCAAGACAUCCCACUCAUCAAGGAGAUCAUCCACUGCAAGAGCUGCACCCUGUUCCCUCCCAACCCCAACCUUCCCCCUCCAGCCAUGAGAGAUCGUCCACCAGGGUGCAAGACUGUGUUUGUUGGCGGCCUCCCAGAGAACGCCACAGAGCAGCUCAUUGUGGAGGUCUUUGGACAGUGUGGAGAAAUCACAGCCAUACGGAAAAGCAAGAAAAACUUCUGCCAUAUCAGAUUUGCUGAAGUGUUUACUGUGGACAAGGCUCUCUUCUUAUCGGGUUAUCGUAUCCGCCUGGGCUCCAGCACGGACAAAAAGGACACGGGUCGUCUCCACGUGGACUUCGCCCAGGCCAGAGACGACCUCUAUGAGUGGGAGUGUCAUCAGCGCAUGAUGGCCAGAGAGGAGAGGCACCGACGGAAGAUGGAGGAGGAUCGACUCCGGCCGCCGUCCCCUCCCCCCAUCGUCCACUACUCGGAGCACGAGUGCGGCCAGUUAGGAGACAAAAUCAAAGAUGACGGCAAGUUUCCUGAAGCCGUCCGUGUGCUCUUGACCUGGUUGGAACGAGGCGAAGUCAACCGCAGGAACGCCAACAACUUCUACUCCAUGAUCCAGUCGUCCAACGGCCACAUCCGCCGGCUGAGCGGCGAGAAGAGUCAGCACGAGAAGGAGAUGGAGGAGGCCAAAGACAAGUUCAAGACCGCUCUGGCUGGCAUACUGGGUCAAUUCGAACAGAUUGUGUCUGUAUUCCAAGCUGCUUCCAAACAAAAGGCAUGGGACCAUUUCUCCAAAGCUCAGCGCAAGAACCUGGACAUGUGGCGCAAGCAAGCAGAGGAGGUCAGAAACAUGCACAACGAGCAGCUGAUGGGCAUCAGGAGAGAGGAGGAGAUGGAGAUGUCUGACGAUGACAUGGAGGACAUGCCUGACAGCAAAGACUCAGAGGACUCAGCUGUUUCUCAAAUAGAAGCCUUAAAGGAGGAGAACGACUCCCUGCGCUGUCAGCUGGACGCCUACAGGAACGAGGUGGAGCUGCUCAAACAGGAGCAGGGCAAGAACCAACCAAUGAGGAGCGAGGAGGACAACACACACUCUCAGCAGCUCAGCUUCCUGCAGCAGGCUCUGCAGGGCAUGCAGAAGCAACUGUUAAAAAUGAGAGAAGAAAUGAAGCAGCGAGAGGCCGAACUGGAGAAAAGUCUGGAGGACAAACAGCUGCUGGAGAAGCAAGUCCAGACCCUGAAGGAGGGACUCCAGAAUCUGCAAGACACACAAGAAAUGCAGGUUUCCAACGCGGCCCAGCUGGAGAAGUCGAAGCAGGAUGACGGAGGCAUUGAGGAGAGCGCUAAUCAAGCCAGUGAAGCCACAGUCUGCACAGUGGUAUCCUGCAGUCAGGAGAAAGAAGGUCCUACAGAGAAGAGUCCACAGAGUCCUGUCCAGUCUGAGAGAGAAGCUCUGCUCGUUGGGAUCAUCUCCACGUUCCUGCACGUCCACCCGUUCGGAGCCAGCAUUGAGUACAUCUGUUCCUACCUGCAGCGCUUGGACACAAAGAUUAACACCAGUGAGGUGGAGGCUCUUCUCUCUCGGCUGCCCUGCACCUUCAAACAGGAGCUCACCGGCGUCGGGGCCAGUUUGGAGAAACGCUGGAACUUCUGCGGUUUCCAGGGCAUCAAGAGCACGUAGAGUCUGCUGGAGACACUUCUGGAACACAGAGGAGCCGACUGGAAGACCAGACUCAACAUCAGGGACACCGCAACGAUGUGAAGGACAGAGUACGAAGCCCGCGAAUAUCAAAGACUGUGGACUGUACCUGAUAGUCGAGGACACGGAAGACUGAGCAAGAGAGAUGUUACACAAGCAUUUCAGGGACUCUGUGCAGGUGGCAGAGACUUACCAAGCAGCAUUGCUAUGGUUACAGGGAUGUUAAAAACCAAAUCACAGAGACAGUCACACGAGCAAGGACCCUCUAAGCGUCUGCAAAAUACUGUGGCUCUUUAAGAGUCAAAGAAGUGCACCCAUUUCUUCAGUCACUGGAUUGUAAUGUAGUUAUGCCCACAUGGGCCGGGCAUUGUACUCUCUGAGCCUGCAGGCUGCUCUGUAUGGUGCCAGUAAGUAAAAGGUGUAUGAUUCUCUGAUCCUGAGACAUGCUUUUAAUAAAAGAUGUAUUUAUUUUUUAGCCAUCUAGGCUACAAUCUAUUUGUUUUAACAAAGUUUGGAAGUUCCAAACUUGUCAUGUUUGAAAAGGUGCUUUGUUUUUGACAACACAAAGGUAGUUUACUCUGUUGUUACAGGAGAGCAGGCGUUUGAAUUACUGACAGUUUAGAUCAAAUCCAGGACGUCAGUGUUGUCUUAAACACUGAACUUGACAUAAAACCAUCAAGACCAGAUGUUAUGAUCAAAUGCUCCAGAAUACACAAGUAGGUGUACUUGAAUUUAUAUGUAUGUGUCAUAGGCUUUAUAUAUUUAAAAAAAUAUGCAGUUGUACAUUUUUUUGAUGUAAAACUU